AAAUUUUUUUUGUGAAAUAUAUUUUUUUUCAAGUUUUUCGAAAAAAUUAUUGUAAAAAAAAAAUAAAUGAAAUUUGGCGUGAGAAAUUCAGUGUGUAUUAAAGGCCCGGAACCAUAGUUAACAUGGCAGAAGGUGUGACGCCAGACGUGACACAAGCACCAACUGCGGCUGUGGCGAAAAUAAAUAAUGAUAAUAAGAAUGUCGUUAAUGGCGCUUCGGCGCCGGCUGCAACCAUGACCAAGAAAACCUGCGGUAACAAAUCAGUAAAUAAACCCAAACAAGGCUGGAGGAAUCCAACAAACGCCAGUGCUAUGCGUCGAAAUGUUACAAAACCUAAUCAACAACUACCAGAUUACAUACGCACGGAGAUGGAGAUUUUGCGUCAUCUAAACAGAGUGAAUCGCGACUUGAGAAUUUUACUCACAGCGAAAUGCGGACGUACGCCGAAUACAACGCCACGACUCAAAUACUAUCAGGCGGUAAGACAGAGCGCAGGCGGUGUUGGACAGCGGGUUGGUGGUGUGAAUUGUAUGAAGAGUCAGAACUUCUUGACUAAAGCGAGCGCUGCCAAAUCAAAGUCUGUGGUCUUGAAACAAACUAAGCCAUCCACCUCGACAGGCAGGGCGCAAGUAGAUUCCACUGGUACAGCCAAAAAACAAAUGGACAUUCGUUUGGAAGCACAAGGGACUGGCAGAAGCACACCAAAAAUGAAUAAGCGACCACUACAACGGCUCGUACUGUACUUUAAGCCCAAACGCAAAGACGAUGAUUCUAAGGGAACGUCUCAAGGCAAGCAGCCGAAAGUUGUAAAUAAAACAGAAAAACAAUUUAAGACGGAAAGCGCAAUGAGGUGUAAGUCAAAAAUGGACGCACAGCAACAAGUGAAACAGACACCGACGAAAAUGAAUGAGCAAAAUAAUAAAGGACAAAGUAAAAAAGCAGAAAUAGCUGUUAAAGAACUGGAGGAGUUUAAAGAAAAUUUAAAAGCGAAAGCCGCAAUGAAAGUGACAGAUAAAGUGAAAGUUGAAGAGGCGCGAAAAUUAAAGCCAGAACCCCGAGAUCAAGCGGAAAGCGGGAAAAUGAAACAAAAACUGACGGAAAAAGUGCAAGAUCUAACUGAAAAGAAGCCUUCAAAACAACCUAGUGCACAGGCUCAAAUGACAUUAAACCAAAAUGUGAAACGACGCGGAAAGACGAUCAAACAAAAAAUGCUGUAUCUGCGCUUGAAAUGGUUAAGAAAGGAAAAGGAAGGAAAAGUAGUAGAUGACAAAAGCAAAGUAAUGCAAAACGAAAGCCAAAAACCCACAAAACCAAUGAUUGCACCAACACCCGCAACAACAACUUCUGAAAACGUACAACACGAAGCUACUGCGCCAAUAGAACAAGUGGAAAGUACGCUUGUGGCAGGUAAAUUUGGCAAUUGCUUGCGUUUUUUCAAACCACACAAGAAAGUAUCAGUGCCGGAGCCCACAGAGCCCACAGAGUCCACAGAGGAAAGUGUGCUCAAUUAUCAAAUGCAGCAAAAGAAAAUGCAAAAAAUAAGAAAAUCUCCUUAUUUGGUCACAUAUAAUGGUAAAGCGUCCACAAAACUAGAUACCUAUCCCGCUUACAGCUAUGUAAAUGUGAAAUAUAUGAAGAAUUUGAAAGCAAGCAAAGAGAAAGCAGCGAAAGCUAAGUGUACUAUAUUGAUAAAUGCACAAAAUCAAAAAAUCUAUAAGGAUCCACAUGCCACACCGAGCACAUCCUCACUGGACGAGUAUUUCCGUGUGCUCUCCGAACGUAUGACACGCGAACAAAAGGAGGCUGAUGAACGUAAGCCUAUGCGCCGACGCAGUAGGCGAGGUAUCAAUACCAACCCAAGUCAUUUCAACUAUAAGCGCGCACAGCCAACGAUCCAACGACAAUAUAAUCGGCAGCGUUGGUGAAUUGGAGGAUAUAACGUUGUCACCAAAGCGUUUGGCGAGCGAAAAACUUUCUGAAAACGAUAAUGAAGGGAAAAUGAAAUAAAAUGAAUGGUAGAUGAGUUGAUUAAGACUGCAUUGCAAUUACGAGGUUUGAUGCCAGCUAAGUUUAUCUAAUAUAUAAUGAUAAAUAAAAUAUAUUUAAAUAUUUCCACACAAUUGAA